UUACAUACAGUACGGAAGAACAAGAAAUGCUAUGAAAUACAACCAGUAGGAAUCGUCAAGAUGGGUUUUAUUCAUCAUGCAACUGCUCUUUUGGCAUUAAACAUGAAUGGUUUACUUACCGUUCUUUCAUGUGUGAAUGAGUCAAGCAGAAAUGCAUCUCUUGGGGAAAACAUCUUCCUGAAUCCAAACUACACAGACUGUGAAGCAUGUUCAAUUGAAUGGACAUUUUCUUCAAAGUCAGGGACCUGCCGCAUUUCUUCUUUUAUCAAAAGCAAUGAGUUGAGUUCUGGAACUAUCUUUGGUGCAUUUAAACACAGAGUGAAUAUUGAAAACAAUGGCUUUUAUUUACGACUUCCAUCUGUUCACUUUAAUGAUACAGGAAAAUAUGUACGAAUAUCUGCAGAUUUGACUGGAAUGGAAACCUGUGUAAGCAUAGUGGUUAAUAUAUAUGCAGAUUUAGAAUUCAAAAACGAAGAGACUUUUGAAGUAAACCAGUCGAUUGCAGGAGUCCAUCACUCAAGAACAAUAACAUACAUUUCAGUAUCAAUCAUUGGACCCAUAUUUGGAGUGAUAAUACUUGUUCUGAUUACUUGGAUUGCAAGGAAAUUAACUGGAAAAGCAACAUCAUCAGGAAAUAGAACUUCACUGUCAAUCCAGACCACAACUUAUCCAAUUUAUGGCAAUUGGAAUAACCCAAAAAGUAUCUGAAAGUAAGAGAAAAGAAGAUCCCCGAUAAUGUGUCUGACGAUGCCACUUGCCAGGAUGCCACAAAUGACAACGGCAUACAUUCACAGGAAAUUCUGCAGACUAUCGUUACUGUCUGAUGAAACAUUCUAAACAGGCUUUCUCAGUAAUCAUGCUUGUAAUCUUCCUUAGCUGGUAGUUUACCUCAUUGCUAAACCUAAAUUGAGGAAUAUACUAAAAACCACUGAAAUUAUUUUUUGAAUUUGAAAUAUUUCAAAGUGAUAAUUAAAAAUAACUUGAAUUCA